AGAGAGAGAGAGAGAGAGAGAGAGAGAGUAGAGAGACAGAGUGGUGGUGUUUUAAAUUUUUUUAAUUAAUUAUUAAAAAAAUGAAAUUGUAGUGUUUUUUUUUUGUUGUGUAUAUAUUUAUAUAGUUGGUUGAUUUUGAACUAAAGACAAGGCCCCUCUCUCUCUCUUGUAUUCUAUCCCUUCUGUCAGUUUGCUUUUCUUAAGAAUGUUUCAGAGAAGAACUGGAACAUAAUUGCAGAAGAAGAAGAUAAAAAUAGCAAGAGAAAACACCACCUAGAGAGAGAAAGAGAGGAGAGAGAGAGAGAGAGGAGGAGGAGGAGGAGAAGGGAGUGAGCAGAAGAAUCAAAUAAUCUAUGGCUGCUAUGGAGGAGGAGGUGGAUUACUGGUGGUGGUUCCUUUGACUUUGGUGGUUUCAUCUUCUUCUCAAAAGGUUUGUGUUGCAAUCUGAGAUGGAUUUUUCUGAGUCCACAAAAGUUGUGUACAAUAGGAUCCAGAAGAUAGAGCCUGAAAAUGUGUCCAAGAUUAUCGGGUAUCUUCUGCUGCAAGACCAUGGCGAGCGUGACAUGAUCCGACUGGCUUUCAGCCCUGAUAAUUUGAUCCAGUCUUUGAUUAACAAAGCGAAAGCUGAGCUCGGGUUAUGCAAACCGGCAGUGUCUGCUUCAAUCUCACCUCAGGUGAACCAAGUUCCUGUUUCCGACUUACCUUUACAAUUCACUCCAUACAGUCCACGACCAGUUUCAUCUCCCACAACCAUCGGAGCAGCAAAUCCAUACAGGGAACUGUCUGGUGAUCAGCAACCACUGCAAGCCAUAGAGUUUGUUCCACCAGGGUACUCAGAUUCAGCGAUUGAAGAUUAUCGCCUCCAAAAUCAAAUGCAGUUUCUGCCUGAGUUUUCAAGCAAUUACUGUUAUCAUGAACCUGCAUUGAGUGUGAGAACCAGUCGAAGGUCUCCAAGCUUGCCUGAAUUUCCCCUUAAGGUAUGCCAUUACUUCAAUAAGGGCUUCUGUAAGCAUGGAAACAACUGCAGGUACUUCCAUGGCCAUCCCAUGCCAGAAAGCUUUUCACAGUUUUGCAGCCAAAACUCAAAUGAGCUUUCAAACGAUGAUCACGUUGUCUCCCCUGGCUCCCUUGAAAAGCUAGAGAUUGAAAUAAUUGAGCUUUUGAAAUCUAGAAGAGGGUUCCCAAUAUCAAUUGCCUCUUUGCCGAUGAUGUACUACGAGAAAUAUGGGAGAACUCUUCAGGCCGAGGGAUACCUCACUGAGAGCCAGAGACAUGGUAAAGCUGGCUACAGCCUGACAAAGCUUCUUGCUCGAUUGAAGAACAGCAUUCGCCUUAUUGACAGGCCUCACGGACAGCACUCAGUUAUAUUGGCAGAAGAUAUCCCAAAAUACUUAGAGUAUGCUGGUGAGAAAACAGAACCUGGUGGGAUUAUUGCUGGCUCUCGACAGAUAUAUCUGACCUUUCCAGCCGAGAGUAAUUUCACGGAGCAAGAUGUUUCCAACUACUUCAACAAAUAUGGGCCAGUUCAAGAUGUACGCAUCCCGUGUCAACAGAAGAGGAUGUUUGGUUUUGUCACCUUUGUUUAUGCAGAGACGGUGAGGCAUAUUUUGUCAAAAGGGAAUCCUCAUUUUGUAUGCGGGGCUCGUGUGCUGGUGAAACCUUACAGGGAAAAGUCUAGGCUUGUUGACAGGAAGUUUUCGGAGAAGAUGCAGCACUCCACGUGCUACAAUUCACAUUUCAUGGAUGGUGAUUCAGAGCUUCACCCAAUGCCCAGAGUUUGUGAUAGCGCAAGAUUUCUAAGGAAGCAGUUCAUAGAGGAAAAUGAGCAAGCACUCGAACUUGAGAGAAGGCGCCUCUCGGAGAUGCAUUUAGCAGCUAAGCCCUUAUCCCAUCAUUUCUAUUAUGGCUACUCGAUGGAUGAGCUUAAGCAUCCAGAAGCCCAUGCAGAGCAAGUGGAAUUCCCAUCCUCAAAGGAUUUUAAUUAUUUUCUGGAUGUUUUGAACAAUGGUUCCACCAGUGAGGACAAAAUAAGGCACAUUAAUACUAAUUACAGUGAUCAGGAUAGCGGUCAAGGAAUUAACCUUCCAGAGAGCCCAUUCGCAACUCAAAUGGCGAGUGGCAUAUCAACAGUUAUAUAGGGGAUUCAAACAAACAGUAAAUUAUAGAGAGGUAGAGCACCGGAUUCCUAGACUAAGACUAAUUCGUGGUUUCGAUACAGCAGGAGAGGCCUUCAUAUUCUUCUAUUUUCAUUAUACUUUUACCUCAAUUUCAUCGGUCUGUCAGCUAAGUAGAGAGAGUUCAUACCAACUGAAGAAGAAGAGAGAGACACAGUAGACAAGUUAUGUUCUUCCCCAAUGUUACACCGGGGCGAAGGAGAUCGCAGAGAAGAAAAGACAUAAAAGCUAAUAUGUGACAGGUUUUUUAAGCCUUUUUUUUCUCUUUUUCUUCUUUGUUUUAAUAUAAUCACAGCGGGGAAGAGAUGGGUUUUUAGAAGUGACUGAGAUAUAGUUUGGUUUAGUUGAAGAAGAAGAAGAAAGUAAGUAGUAGUAAAAAUAUGCAGGUGUGUGCAGAGUAAAGAAGAAAAGGUGUAGAGAUCUCUGCGACAUAAACAAAUUCUAAUAAUUUAUACAAAGUUUCUAUUUACCUUAGUAAA